GGCGCGCGUAUCGUCGCCGCGGCCGCGUGACGCGUUUUCAAAUCUUCAACCGCCGCAGCCCAGUCGUUUGUGCUUUUUCCCUUUCCUCCUCUGCGCCUUGGAGCCGGACCGUCCCCGGAAACUCGGCCCGCGGACCCGGCACCUUUGCUGCGUGGAAACCUCGGCCGACGAAAGGAAAGAGCGGGCCGUCCUGUCAACCGGGCCGGAGAAGCCUUGUUUUCGCGGCCGUCUGACGCCGCACCCGGGCCGGACCCAGCAUGUAGGUGCCGGGCGGCUGCCAUGAACUCCGGAGCCAUGAGGAUCCACAGCAAAGGACAUUUCCAGGGUGGAAUCCAAGUCAAAAAUGAAAAGAAUAGACCAUCUUUGAAAUCUCUGAAAACUGAUAACAGAACAGAAAAAUCCAAAUAUAAGCCACUUUGGGGAAAAGUGUUUUACCUUGACUUACCUUCUGUCACCAUAUCUGAAAAACUGCAAAAGGACAUAAAGGACCUGGGAGGGCGAGUUGAAGAAUUUCUCAGCAAAGAUAUCAGUUAUCUCAUUUCAAAUAAAAAGGAAGCAAAAUUUGCACAAACAUUGGGUCGAAUUUCUCCUAUACCAAGUCCAGAAUCUACAUAUACUGCAGAAACCACUUCACCUCAUCCCAGCCAUGAUGGAAGUUCAUUUAAAUCUCCAGAUUCAGUUUGUUUAAGCAGAGGAAAAUUACUAGUUGAAAAAGCUAUCAAGGAUCAUGAUUUCAUUCCUUCAAAUAGUAUAUUAUCAAAUGCCUUAUCAUGGGGAGUAAAAAUUCUUCAUAUUGAUGACAUUAGAUACUACAUUGAACAAAAGAAAAAAGAGUUGUAUUUACUCAAGAAAUCAAGUACUUCCAUAAGAGAUGUGGGAAAAAGAGUUGGUAUUGGAACACAAAAAACAAGAACAGGAAGACUCAAAAAGCCUUUUGUAAAGGUAGAAGAUAUGAGCCAACUUUAUAGGCCAUUUUAUCUUCAGAUGACAAAUAUGCCUUUUAUAAACUACUCGAUUCAGAAGCCCUGCAGUCCAUAUGAUGUAGAUAAGCCAUCUAGUAUCCAAAAGCAAACUCAGGUUAAACUAAGAAUUCAAACGGAUGGCGAUAAAUAUGGUGAGACCCCAAUCCAACUCCAGUUGAAAGAGAAGAAAAAAAAAGGAUAUUGUGAAUGUUGCUUACAGAAAUAUGAAGAUCUCGAAACACACCUUCUUAGUGAGCAACACAGAAACUUUGCACAGAGUAACCAGUAUCAAGUUGUUGAUGAUAUUGUAUCUAAGUUAGUUUUUGAUUUUGUGGAAUAUGAAAGAGACACACCUAAAAAGAAAAGAAUAAAAUACAGUGUUGGAUCCCUUUCUCCUGUUUCUGUAAAUGUCCUGAAAAAGUCUGAACCAAAAGAAAAGCUUGAAUUGCAACAUAUUUCUCAGACAGACUUCAGGGAAAAUUGUGCACAGGUGAUCAAGCAGAAUUUCCUGUAUGAAGAAACCCAGGAACCUGAACAAAAGCUUGAGUUUAUUUCAGAAUCCAUCCCUUGCCUGUCACAAGAAUUGAGAGGACUUAAUGAGAAAAUGAUGGAUGAAUGUUCCAUGUUAAGUGCAGCUGAGAAUGACAUACAGCAGAAUUUUGCACAGCUACCUCCACAUAAAAAUAAUCAGGAAUGUAUUCUUGACAUUUCUGAACAUAAAUUAAUUAUAAAUGAAAAUAACUUAGAAGAACUAAGGGUAGAUCACUGUCCAUUUAAGCUACAAGCAUCUAUAAAAGUUUCUCAUUUCAAUACAGAUAAUAGUGCAUCACAACCAAAACAAAAGUCAGAUACUGCACUUUUUCUAUCAAAAGACAUAAGGGAAAAGGACCUUCAUUCAGUGUUUGGUGAUGCUCCUGGUCUGAUAACAAUAAAUUCAAAAGAACACCUGACAAUAAAGACAAAAACAUCGAAUAGUCCUCCUGAAGAACUCAAUGAAUGUGAUGUCAAGAAUAUGGAUAAUGUACCGUCUAGUAAAAUCCAUCGAAAAGUAAGAAUAUUAUUAGGACGAAAUAAAAAAGAAAAUCUGGAACCAAAUGCUGAAUUAGAUAAGAAAAGAACUGAAUUUCUUAUUACACAAGAAGAAAACAGAACUUAUAGUUCACCAGUACAAUCUCUAAUGGACUUAUUUCAGACAAGUGAAGAGAAAUCAGAGUUUUUAGGUUUCACUAGCUAUACUGAAAAUAGUGGUAUAUGCAAUGUUUUAGAUAUUUGGGAAGAGGAAGGUUCAAAUAGUGUGUUAACGUUUUUCUCUUCUUCAACUUCUACAUUUACUGGCUUUUAGUCUUUAAAAAUGUAUACUUUUUAUAAAGUGAUAAGGAUCAUAUUCUUGAAAUUUUUACAAAUAUAAUUCUUAGGGGUUUUUUUUGCCAACUUUGUUUACAGAGCCAAAUGUAAAUUUUAAUACAGAUGAUGUUUGUGAUUUUUUUACAAAACUGAAUACCUGUUAUAAAAAAUUAUAAAAUAAAUUUGACUCAUUUUACAUACUAUUUUCAUAGUUCUUUCCUGAGAGUUAAAAUGAAUAUUAUUUGGGGGCUGGGGUUGUGGCUCAGUGGUAGAGCGCUUGCCUAGCAUGCAUGAGGCACUGAGUUUGAACCUCAGCACCAUAUGAAAUAUAAAUGUAUUGUGUCCCAUCUACAACUAGAAAAUUUCUUUUUAAAAAAUGGAUAUUGUUUGUUUGGUCACUGCUUUGGGUGAAGUUUUGAGAAUAUCAAAAAAUUAAGCAUUAUAAAUUUGGAUAUUCUAGUUAUAUCUUUUGUCUAUUAAAAUAGAUUCUUGGGCUAUAGAUGUAUCUCGGUAGUAGAACACUUUCCUACAUGCACAAGGUGUUGGGUUCAAACACACACACACACACACAGGCAUAGACUCCCUUGAUAAUGUGAAAUUAUUGCCUUUAAAAACAAUAUUUAUAUGGAAAGGGAAAAAUACUAAUUUCUAUGUAUAAAUUCUGGAGUUAUUAGAAACAUUGGAACUUUAUUGUGACCUGGUUGGAUCAUGCUUGUACUUUGGCAUGAAUUAGAUUUUUGUAGGGUAAGAAGUAAUGAAGGAGCCUCUUGUAGUGGUAUAUGCCUGUAAUCUGAGCUACACUGGAGGCUAAGGCAGGUGGAUUGCAAGUUCAAGGCCUGCCUGUGCAAGUUAGUGAGACCCCACCUCAAGAUUAAAAAAAAAAAAUCUGGGAAUAUAAGUGGUAAAGUAUCCCUGAGUUCAAUCCCUACUACUACAAAAAAAAAAAAAAAAAGUCAAAA